GAGUGGAGGGAGGGCCGACCGGCAGUCACUGGUGGCCCAAUUUGGCUGGCCCCAGGGGCUCAGCUGUGUAGCAUUGUAGUUCGUUUGGAUCGCAUGGGUUUCUUCAAACUUGGGCGGUUAGAGCGGGGCAAAUCUGGAGAUGUCAAAGCUGACAAAAAAGAUGGUGAACCUCUUCUGGAAGCAGGCCCGGAUGAACGCAAAAAGCGGGAUCAUGAAGGUGGCUCCAUGGCAGCCAAGCCAGCUGCAGAGGGCCGUUCGGGGGCCACCACGCGCGUGCAGGCCGGCCUUUCAGUGAACGACUUCAUCAGUAAGACCAAGACGCAGCAGCGUCAGGGCUUGAAGCCUUCUGGUCCGGAAUUGAUUGCGUAUGCCCGGUAUCUUGGGAUCGAUCCAGUGGCAGAUCACGACCUACUGUGGAUUGCUGUGGAGGCAUUGGAAGCUCCUUUGCCUUCUGAUUGGACAGAGCACUUUGACAGUAGCGAUCGGGUCUUCUACUACAACGCAUCUACAAGAGUAAGCUCUUGGACCCAUCCGUUGGAGCAUGUGUAUAGAGAUACCUACAAGACCAUCGUUAGCUUGCGCAACUCUACAAUGUCUGCGCAGGAGAGAGCAGAUGCCUUGUCAAAGCUGCAAGCGGAAGUCCGACAAAUGGACCAGGAGACGCAAAAGGAGGUCAACAAAUGGUCAGAACAUCAAGACGAACAGGGCAACCGCUUCUUCUUCAACAAAGAGGAACGGUUGAGCACCUGGACGGAUCCCAGACCUGCGAAAAUGCAGGUCCUGUACCUAAAGAUGAAAAUGCUGAGACUAUUGCUGUCCAGCAGCGCAGGAACUCCUGGGUUCGUGGACGCCAUGAACUCUCGGGACAGCGCUUCCAGGCAUGGCUUGGGCAGUGAAAAUCGUGAAAAGAAAGAAAAAGGCUUAGACUACACUGACGCACCCAUGGCAAAGCCAAGGGCCAGUGACAAGAAAGCUAGCGCCGCAGAUGAGAUCAUUGACCUGUCCAAAGAUGGCAUUGAUGAGAAGAACUCACCAAGGACAUCUGAGCACUCAGCACACAAUAGCGAUUCGGAUAGUGAUGACAGAAAAAAGAAGAAAAAGAAAAAGAAAAAAGAUAAGAAGGACAAGAAAGAGGACAAAAAAAGUAGAAAAGCCAAGGAUGAGGCCAUUGAGGCGCUCGGUGGCAUGACAGACCUGGCCAGGCCGCCUGCUACCUCCUCCAGUGCUGCCAAUCUUCCAUUGUCGAACUCUGAGGACCCUGGAGGCUUUGGAGAGCCUGGUGAGGUGGCUGGCAAAGGCCACGUCAAGGUCAAGGCUGGUAUCAAGCUGGAGCCCUUGGGUGGUCCAAGCCAAGGUGGCAGCAGUCCCUCCGUGCUUGACCGAGGGCUAGAUGCCAGAAGAGUCAUGUGAACGCUCUGCUGAUGCCGCAGGGUUCUUUCGAACUACUGCUUUUUUUGAUUAAACUUUCUACUUUGCACGGUGGAAAAUUCCGUUUGUAUCCGUUUGUUC